GGCCGUCAGUUCCACCCCUUCUGGUUUCAGUCUGGCAAAGUUUAUAGGUGCGCUAACAACAGAACAUAGAGUUCAUGUUCCAACUGCUUUUCGACUGACAGCACACAGUUAUACAGUCCAAGAUGCCUUCGGGUACCUUCAUCCACUAUCGGACACCAGGCAUCCUUAUCUUCGGUAUGGUUUUGGCUCCGUGCGGGUGGGUCCUUGAUCUUACCGCAACGGUGGCUCCGAACUGGAGAACCAUAAAUGAUAUAGACGGUGAACCCAUUGGCACUUUCCUACAGCAGGGGAUAUGGGACAUUUGCCGCGCAACUACCACUUCAAGAGAUAUUCAGUGUAACCAACAGGACGAAGCUUACUUCAACGAGCAAAUCAUUGAGAUUGCCCAGGCCAUGAUGGUGGCAUCUCUUAUUCUCACCUUGAUAGGCUUGGCGGUUGCAAUUCCCGGUGUCCGGUGCUGGAGGGAAAGACCUAACUGGACUGUAGCUGGUCUUGGUGGUUUGCUAAUUUUCUUGUCAGGUGUGCUGACCCUCAUUCCCAUUGCAUGGUACACACAUAUUCUUACCGACAUUGCAGCAGCAUCUACAGACAUCCGCGUGGGGUACAGCAUUAUCCUUGGCUACAUAGGAGGCAUCAUGGAAGUUCUUGGCGGCUUCGUCAUGUUCAUCGGAAUAUGUCGUUGCUGUGGUGGACGCAACCGAAGCGAGAAUGUAGUCGCAGACACCGGAAAGUCCACUCGCAACCCGUCUCCCCCACGCAGGAUCACAAUCCCAAGCAUCAACAGGACAAGGAGCACCGCCAGCAGCGUUCCAUACUCCAAAGACUCGUUUGACGAGAUCGAAUUUCCCCGGGCAAAUGUCAAUGGAAAUCGUUCUAAAGCGAGCUCGUCAUAUGGCGGUCAACCUUACGAUGCGGAUUUGUGAACAGAAUAUGAAGACUGGCGAAUUCUAUUAUCCUAGGAACUAUACUGCUUUCUUUACAAUGACACUAACCGUAAUUGAUGAGAGGUCUGUGUGGCCACACGCUUGGGCUCCUAAGUGGGAAUAUGUCAAAUGUCUGCUGUCUGUUCCACAAGGGAUCGCUGUCCUUGGAAGUUAUGUUAAAUAGUAGGCCUACUGACUCCCUGUUGUUUACAUUUAACAUGUUUGCUUAUGUAUCUCAUGUUGUUAAUACACUUUAAGCACAUAGGGAACACCUUGCUUUUUAUGGGCAUACACCAAAACUGCUUUGAAGGUUUCCAGGAAGUUAUGAAGGAUGUGUCCUACAGGCCUUGUAGUACAUGAAGAACGUGCAAUAUGUGUGACUGUCUGAAAACAGACCUAUAAAUUGUGGUGUAGAUAUCUUACUUGUUGGAUGUGGAAAUAGAAGACAUUUAGUGAAAAACGGCUGUUUCCAGCUUGUUUGAACUGUGCAGUUUUAUGCACCGCGUGAUGUUUUAUAUUUAUCAAUACGGUUGUGUAUAGGGUCACAUUUUAACUUGUACAGGGAAGAAGGUGAUUAAAAGGAAUGUCAACUGUGAUCUUUGAAGGUGGAGUGACUGCUUGUAAGCUGAAUUCGUGAGUUAUCCAAGUUAUACACUUUAUUGUACUUUACUGUAAGAAACAAAUAAAUUUGAUUAUUCUAA